AUGGCUCACACGCGCUUGCGACUGCUGUUGGCAGUGAUCCUGGUGUUCAUCCUGACCUGUCUGCUGGCUCCAUUUCUGGGGAAUUUGUACCUGCUCCUUCGGUUGCCCUUUGUGUGGAAAGCGUCUUCUGCAGCGGCCAUCAUCACCCCGGAACAUGAUGGAUUCGACCUGAGUUUUGCUGCCUAUAACCGCACCUAUUCCACUGCAGAUGCUGGGCUGCCUACCCUCAUUCCUGCACGCCUUCACCAUGUCCAUCUCGGCCCCGAACCACUGCGACAAGAGUGGCAGGCAGCCCGGGACGCGUGCCUCGCGCAACAUCCCAACUGGGAGGCCUUUCUCUGGGACGACCGCAACGCCAGUCACUUCGUGCAGAACCACUACCCGCACCUCCUACCCACCUGGGAGAGCUACCCACACCUAGUCCAGCGCGUCGAUGCCUUGCGAUACAUGAUUCUACACACCUACGGCGGCGCCAUCCUCGACUUCGACCUCGCAUGCAAACGCUCCCUCGAACCCCUCCGACAAUUCGAAUUCGUCGCCCCCGCCGCCAACCCCGUCGGCAUCUCCAUCGGGAUGAUGCUGGCGGCACCGAACAAUUCCUACGUGGGGGAUCUCGUACGGAAUCUUCCCAAUUUUAAUCGUCGGUGGUCGCUGCUGCCGUAUAUUACGGUCAUGUUUAGUACAGGGUGUCAUUAUGCGUCGACCAUCUAUACCAUGGAACGCACUACCUCCCACCUCCGUAUUCUUACCGGUCCUCCUGAUAAUCCUAAGUUACAUAUGCUCAAUGGUAUCGUGGAUACUCCGCUAUUCAGACAUCUAGGCAGUUCUUCAUGGCAUCAGAAAGAUGCACGGCUGAUUAAAGCGUUUGCCAAUAUGGAUCAACGGUUGGCGUUUGGGAUGGUGCUGGUGGUGUUGGUGGGGGUGGUGGGGGCGUUGGUGUUGUGUGUGUCAAGGGUGAGGAGUUGUCGCGUGAGGAAGAGAAUGGAGGAGGGGGAGAAGUUUGCGUGA